UUCAUAGUGGCAUGGGACCAAGCAGACGGCAUAGGUCUGUCCAACGAGGCGACAGAGGAGUUUUUAAAUGAUCUGGACUCUCUUCUGUCGACACCACCUGGUACAACAGAAUCCGGCGAGGGCGCAUGCGCCCCAGCGCAGCCAAUGAUGCUUAACAUCCCAUUUGACAACAAUGUCCAGACAAGUGACCUAUCAAUGCCUUCCUUACAUGACAUGGGAAUCAUCUCACCCAUACAACCAGUCACCCACGAACCUAACCAAGGCGCGUGUGCGAUGGCACAGCCACUCAUAGCGAGCGUACCACCAGUGCCCAGUGCCCAGCCGAUGGAUCAACUAACGGAGUCCUUACAAAGGGAAUAUCUGGGACCAUUUUCGAAUUUUCAAGAUUGUGAGGUGCGGGUGUGCGUGACGUACCGCGGCGUGCAGGUGAUGGACUCGGGGACCUACCCCGUCCCGACAGGCUUCAGGAUCUUCUACGGCUCACCCGUGGAACAGAUGGCUACCAGGCAGGCAUGUCAGAUCUUCAGCAGAGAUGCCGGGAAGCUGUUUGGACCUGAGAACGUGGUGCCAGUGCCGUUGCCAGACUGCGAAACACACAUGCAGACACAGAAACAGCUUGACUCUACACUUAGGCUGCUCAACGGUACCAAAAGAGGCCUGCUAUUCCGGUUCGAGAACGGCAACAUCUUGGCGUACCGACUCUGCGAGCCAGCGGUCUACUGGUUGGACCCUAACUCUCCCAUGGUUCCUACGAAACUAGAGCGAGAAACUCUCACCAAAGUCUUUGACCUUGUCCACUUCCUUACGAAGCUGCAAGAGUACGCUCUUGGGAGGGGUGAGAAGCCGUGUCCCUACUUCAAGUUCUGCAUCGGGCAGUCCUGGAGUCUUGAAAAACCCUUCGAGAAGAACCUGGUCACCGUGACGGUCUACCAGAAGACGGCGGCCGAGAAUCUUGAGUUGGUGAGACGGAACCAAGACAGCAAGUCUCUCUCCUUCAAGUUUUCUGACGCAAACGAAGAUGACCAGCUAGUCGCCGAACUAGAGCAGCUCAUAGCGUCUCUCAAUUUGCAGCAAUCCUCUUCACCACCUACACUUAAUGGAAACAUGUUUUGAAUACGGUUUUCCAACAGCAUUCCAUUACAUAUAACGACUCCAUGUUAAAUGUUUUUACUUUGCCUUUAGGACAAAAAUUUUUGACGAAGAUUCUUUCAUAGCAAGUGAUGACUUACGAUCCCAACCUCUUGAAUCAGAAUGGAAGAUGCCUUUAGGAUUGGACUGAUUGUAUGAUCUCGUAGAUUGAUCCGCUGUCAUCGUUAAUGGCCAAGAAGAUAAAUGUGUUAUUAGUCCCCAAUACUGUCUGUGCUUCAACAUUUAAUAGAAAUGGAAUUUGCGUUGUGUUUGGCGGCAGGCCUCCGCCUUGUAACUUAUGUAAUCAUAGGAUUGCUUACUGUGUCAAACUUGAAGGGAAAUAAGAUAAAGGCGACGGAAUUGGACUAGAUUCUCCAGACGACUUAGAGAUUGAUCUUGUCUCCUGAAAUUAUAGUAUAGAUUAGUAUAACUAGGUCAGCGAACCUUGGGGGACAUUGCAUAUCUUAUCUCAUAGCAUUGUAAGUAGGGCAGGUUCAUUCCAUGCAUGAUUGUA